AUGGGAGAAGCUUCCUUGAGUCACAAACACAGUCGUGGUCAGCCUGAACGAAGAGAGGCCGAUCCUGGUCACGCCCAUUCCAUCUCUUCCACGAGCUCCACUACUGAAACCGAGGUCGAACACCACCAACCCAGAAAUACCCACCGUGCAUCGCUGAACCCGAACGACGAGGCCUACCUCACCAAACUUGUCAGCGCAGAUCACAGCAUUGCUCGAGUCAACACCCUAGCUAAUAUUCCCACGAACGACCCUGCACUCAACCCAGAUAGCAAAGACUUUGAUCUAUACAAAUGGCUGCGGAAGAUCUCACACUUGCUGAAUGAGGGAGGAAUCCAGCAAAAGGAAGCGGCCAUCUACUUUGAGAACCUCCGAGUUUCAGGGACUGGAUCGGCACUGCAACUUCAGCAAACUGUGUCGGACCUGCUUACAGCACCCCUGAGGCCGCGUGAAACUUUCAAUCUUGGUCCCAAGACACCCAAGCAGAUCCUACGGGGGUUUGAUGGCGUGUUGGAGAGUGGAGAGUUGCUGCUCGUGCUGGGCCGCCCUGGUUCAGGCUGCAGUACAUUCCUCAAGACGCUCUGCGGCGAGUUGAAUGGACUGGACCUGGAUCCCGCAUCAGUGAUCCACUACAGUGGUAUUCCCCAGAAGACCAUGAUCAAGGAAUUCAAGGGUGAAGUUCUCUACAACCAGGAAGGAGACAAACACUUCCCGCACCUGACCGUGGGACAGACACUGGAAUUCGCAGCAUCUGUUCGGACACCCUCAAAGCGUCUCCAGGGCAUGUCCCGGAAAGAGUAUGCAACGAUGAUGACGAAGGUGGUCAUGGCGGUGUUUGGCCUAAGCCAUACGUACAACACCAAGGUGGGAAGCGACCACGUCCGUGGUGUAUCGGGUGAUUCAGCGACGGCUCUGAAAUUUGUGCAAGCUCUACGACUGUCGGCCGAUCUAGGAUCGUCAUUGCAUGCGGUCGCUGCCUAUCAAGCCAGCCAAGCGAUCUAUGAUCUGUUCGACAAGACUGUGCUACUCUACGAGGGACAUCAAAUCUACUACGGAUCGGCCGCCAAGGCCAAAGCUUUCUUUGAGCGUCAGGGCUGGUUCUGUCCUCCGCGCCAAACAACCGGUGACUUCCUGACCUCCGUUACGAAUCCGGUGGAACGGCAGCCAAUUCCUGGUAUGGAGGCCCGGGUUCCGCGUACACCUCAAGAGUUCGAAACAUACUGGCGUCAAUCGCCUGAGUACCAGGAACUUCAGAAAGAGAUGGCUGCUCAUCAGCAGCAUGUCUCAUCCCGCUCAAAUGAGAAGUUGCUAGAAUUGCAGCAGCAGAAGCGACAGGAACAGGCCAAUCAUACGCGGGCAGCUUCGCCAUAUCUUCUUAGCAUACCCAUGCAGAUCAAACUCAACACUAUUCGAGCCUACCAGCGGGUUUGGAACGAGCGGACCUCGACAGUGACAACCGUGGUCGGAAACUGUAUACUGGCUUUGAUUAUUGGUUCAGUCUUCUACGGCUCCCCUGUGUCUACUGCGGGGUUUUUCUCCAGGGGUGCAGUACUCUUCUAUGCGGUGCUCCUGAACGCCCUCACGGCUAUGACGGAAAUCAACAGCUUGUACUCUCAGCGUCCGAUUGUGGAGAAACACGCGUCCUUUGCCUUCUAUCACCCGGCCACGGAAGCCAUUGCCGGUGUCUUGAGCGACAUACCGGUCAAGUUCCUUCUAGCGGUGGUUUUCAACAUUAUUCUGUACUUUCUGAGUAAUCUGCGCAGAGAGCCAUCCCAGUUCUUCAUAUACUUCCUCAUCAACUUCAUCAUCAUGUUUGUGAUGAGCGCUGUAUUCCGGACUAUGGCUGCGAUCACCAAAACCGUCUCCCAAGCCAUGACCUUGGCCGGUAUCCUGAUUCUCGCCUUGGUCAUCUACACAGGCUUCGUGGUUCCAGUGCCCAAAAUGCAUCCCUGGUUUGGUUGGAUCCACUACAUCAACCCGAUCUACUACGCGUUCGAAAUUCUGGUUGCCAACGAGUUCCACGGACGCGAGUUUGCCUGUUCUGAGUUUGUCCCCUCCUACCCGAACCUCGAAGGCGACUCUUUCGUAUGCUCCGCGACUGGAGCUGUUGCCGGUCGUCGGACUGUCAGCGGUGACGACUUCAUUUGGGCUUCAUACAGGUAUACGUACAGUCACGUUUGGAGGAACUUCGGCAUCUUGAUCGCAUUCCUCAUCGGUUUCCUGGCCAUUUACUUUCUCGCCACCGAACUCAACUCAUCCGCCACCAGCACGGCCGAGGUUUUGCUGUUCCGGCGGGGACACGAGCCUGCUCACCUGAAGCAGGAACAAGGGGCUAGCGCUGAUGAGGAAUCUGGCAAGCCUACCGCUACUUCGACGCAGGACAAUGCGAACGACAAGCAACAGAGUGGGGCCUUCUCCAUCCCACCUCAGCGGGAUGUUUUCACAUGGAACAACAUCGUCUACGAUAUUGAGAUCAAGGGAGAACCGCGUCGACUGCUCGACCACGUGGCCGGCUGGGUCAAGCCAGGAACCCUGACAGCGCUGAUGGGAGUCAGUGGUGCCGGCAAAACCACUCUUCUCGAUGUGUUGGCUCACCGCACGACCAUGGGUGUCAUCACGGGCGACAUGUUCGUCAGUGGUCGUCCCCUGGAUUCGAGUUUCCCUCGAAAGACCGGUUAUGUUCAACAACAAGAUUUGCACCUCGAGACCGCGACUGUCCGCGAGAGCUUGAGGUUCAGUGCUAUGCUCCGACAGCCGGACUCGGUACCGAUCGAGGAGAAAUAUGCCUAUGUCGAAGAGGUCAUCAAGAUGCUGAACAUGGAGGAGUUCGCGGAAGCUGUCGUUGGUGUUCUCGGCGAGGGUCUUAACGUCGAGCAACGCAAGCUGUUGACCAUCGGAGUGGAAUUGGCCGCCAAACCGAAGCUCCUGCUGUUCUUGGACGAGCCAACCAGUGGUCUGGACUCCCAGAGUUCCUGGGCGAUCUGCAGCUUCCUGCGCAAACUCGCCGACGCCGGCCAAGCGAUUCUCUGCACGAUCCACCAACCCAGCGCUAUCCUAUUCCAACAAUUCGACCAGCUCCUAUUCCUCGCCCGCGGCGGCAAAACCGUAUACUUCGGCCCGAUCGGCGAGAAUUCCCGGACGCUGCUCGACUACUUCGAAGCCAACGGCGCGCCGCGGCGCUGCGACGAUGAGGAAAACCCGGCCGAAUACAUGCUCGAGAUCGUCAACGCGGUCAGCAACAAACACGGGGAGGAUUGGUUCGAGGUGUGGAAACGGAGCCCGGAAGCCGCCGCCGUGCAGCAGGAACUCCACCGGAUCCAUGCCGCCAACAGCAGCCAGGGACCACCGCACGCUUCCGAGGAAGAUCCCCGGGAGCACGCGGAGUUCGCCAUGCCGUUGACGAAGCAGCUGCCGAUCGUGAUGCGGCGGGUGUUCCAGCAAUACUGGCGCACGCCGAUGUACAUUGUCGCCAAGAUGCUGCUGGGGAUCUGCUCGGGCCUGUUCAUCGGGUUCAGCUUCUUCCACGCGGACAGCUCGACGCAGGGGCUGCAGGACGCGAUCUUCUCGGUGUUCAUGCUGUGCGCGAUCUUCUCGUCGCUGGUGCAGCAGAUCAUCCCGAUGUUCAUCAUCCAGCGGUCGCUGUACGAGGUGCGGGAGCGGCCCAGCAAGACCUACUCGUGGAAGGCGUUCAUGGUCGCCAGCAUCCUCGUCGAGAUCCCCUACCAGAUCGUCAUGGGCGUCCUGGUGUACGCGUGCUACUACUACGCCGUCGACGGGGUGCAGGCCUCGUCGCGCCAGGGGCUGGUCCUGCUCUUCUGCAUCCAGUUCUUCAUCUACGCCAGCACCUUCGCCAUCCUGUGCAUCGCCGCCCUACCCGACGCCGAGACCGCCGGCGCCAUCGUCACCCUCCUCUUCUCUAUGGCCCUCACCUUCAACGGCGUCAUGCAGUCCCCCUCCGCCCUCCCGGGCUUCUGGAUCUUCAUGUACCGCGUCUCCCCCUUCACGUAUUGGGUCGGCGGCGUCACCGCCACCCAGCUGCACGGCCGCCCCGUCCAGUGCAGCAGCACCGAGCUGUCCAUCUUCAAUCCCCCCGCCGGCCAGACCUGCGGCGACUACCUGAGCGACUACCUCCAGACCGCCGUUGGGUACCUGAAGAACCCGAACGCCACCGCCAGCUGCGAGUACUGCUCCAUGUCCGUCGCCGACCAGUAUCUGGCGGGUGUGAACAUCUUCUACAGCGAGCGCUGGCGCAACUUCGGCAUCUUCUGGGUCUACAUCGUCGUGGAUAUCGCCGCGGCCGUGUUCUUGUAUUAUGCCUUCCGCGUCAAGAAGUGGAGCCUCGCCUCGCUGAAGAAGGGGAAGAAGGAGUGAGUGGGUGACUCCAGUUGGGAUGGCCUAUCACUCCUCCUUCUUUGUCUGCUGUUUCUCUCUCCCUUAUUGAACUCGGUUUCAUUUCCUUGGCAUUUCACUGCACACUAUAGCCAUAGACGAG